AAUUUUUGGAGAAACAAGAAAAAAAAUCAACUUUUUCAUCCCUUUCAAAGUAUCUCAUCCUGUCUAUGCAGACGACUUUCUACCAUUUUUGGGUGAUAAUUACAUUUUCUGAAUCAACGCUAAGUUUGGCCGCUCAUGUUCCAGUUGUGCAGCCAGCUUUGUUAAAGAAAAGAUAAAAUUAGUUAACUUUGUUAACACCCCCCGAAGGAACAAAAGUGUGCCCUGUGGUAUGCAGAGGCAGUGAUCUUGUUAAGUGUUGCGCAGUUGCAGACCUGGUCCUUCCUUCCUCUCCUCCCACUCUGCAGAAAGCAACACAAAAAAAAAAAAUGUAAGCAUCAGUCCGUUUCUGUUCUGCUUGCUGGACGGUUCAUUUUUUUUUCUUCCAGUUGCUUUUUGUUUGAGGUUCAUGUGAAGACAAAGGUCCACCGAGUGUGUCCAGAGGCUGAAAAUGGGACAAAAGUCUUCAGUGGAAGAAGAUGUGGAGGACAGCGGGGAAGUCGGUGAUGACAUUCUGCAGAAGGAGGCGGGGCCUCUGUGUGCAGCAGAAGUUGGCUCUGAACUUCAGAAGCAGUUUGCCAUCCUGCCAGGGGGCCGCGGCACGAACGGCAGCCCCAUCAUCAUUUUCCCCGAGUAUCCGGACUUCAGCGAUGUGAAGGAGGAGGAGCUCCAGAAUGUGCUCAGCUACCUCACCAGUGUUCCCAGCACUGCAGCAUCAGGAGAGGGUUUCAUCCUGGUCAUCGACCGCCGGCAGGACCGAUGGACCGCCGUCAGAGCCACCCUGCUCCGCAUCGCGGGUUCAUUUCCGGGGAUCUUGCACUUGGUGUUGGUGUUGCGUCCCACAACCUUUUUCCAGCGGACCAUCUCGGACCUCCAGUUAAGGUUUAUCAGGGAUGACUUCAAAAUGAAGGUGCCGGUGGUGAUGCUGAGCUCAGUGACUGAGCUCCAUGCGUACAUCGACCCAGGACAGCUGACCACUGAGGUUGGUGGCACGCAGGACUACAACCACGACAGCUGGAUCUCCCACCGAACCGCCAUUGAGGCUUUUGCCCUCAUGGUAAAGACGAUAGCCCAGACCCUGCAAGCCUUCGGGACCGAGCUGGCCGAGACGGAGCUGCCCAACGAUGCCGAAGCCACCACCAACCUGCUGCAGGCGCACACUUGCAAAAAAGAGCAGAUGAAGGAGGACCUGCAGGUGGCGCUCUCUCAAGGAAGGCGUCUACUGGACAUCAUCAACGAGCCUCUUCUGGUGGAUCCCGAAUACAAUAUGACGCAUGAUGAAAUGGAGAAUCUCGCCACGGUCCAAAGACUCAUCGGCCAGCUGGACGAGACCGAGACGGCGUUUGAGGAUUUCUGGGAGCGCCACCGAACCAAACUGGAGCAGUGUUUGCAGCUCCGGCACUUUGAGCACCACUUUCGUGAGAUCCGGGCUCAGCUCGACGUGACGUCCGAGCGGUUGUCGGGGUUCUCCGAGGUCAGCGUAAGCCCCGCCCACGCCGAGCACGUCCUCCAGGAACUCAGCAACCACGAGGACAAAGCCUUUGCGUUGCUGGAUGUUGCCCUGUCCCUGGCCGGCGAAGGAGACGGACUGAUCGAAAACUCCCACUACGCCGAGGACUCCAUCAGGCCGAAGUGCAGGGAGCUGAGAGACGUGUGUGAGGAGAUUAGCUCCACUCUGAGGCACAAGAAGAGCCUCCUGCUUAGAGCUCUGGAGCUCCACCACGCUCUGGAGAAGGCAUCGGGGUGGUGUGAAGAGGGCAUCUUCCUGCUGGCCAGCCAGCCGGUGGAUCGCUGCCAGUCCCAGGAUGGAGCGGAGGCAGCUCUGCAAGAGCUGGAGCGAUACCUAGACACGGCAGCCUUGCACACUCUGACGGACCGCAGCGCCAUCUGCUGUCAGUACGAGACAGUGCUCAACACUCAGCUCAGGGACCAGAUUGAACGAGUUUUCCAGAAACAGAUCUCCGUCCAGGAGAUGUUUGAAAAGAGACGCGUCAGUCUGAAGAAACUUGCUGCCAAACAAACUAGACCAGUUCAGCCAGUAGCUCCAAGACCAGAAGUCAAGUCUCCACUUUCUUCUCCCAGUCAAGAGAGAAAAGAGAGAAGAUACUCUGCAGAUAGUACCCUCUGUAAAAAGGGAGAGUCUCCGGUCCUUAAUGGCGGCACAAGACACGCUUCUCUUUCAGAAGAAGAGGAAAGCCUGGCGGUUCUACGGCGUCAUGUGAUGAACGAGCUCCUAGAGACGGAGCGGGCAUACGUGGAGGAGCUUCUGUGUGUGCUGGAGGGCUACGCAGCAGAGAUGGACAACCCCGCCAUGGCCCAUCUCAUCCCCAGCACCCUCCACAGCAAAAAGGACAUCCUGUUUGGCAACAUGUCUGAAAUCUACCACUUUCAUAAGAGGACUUUCCUGAAAGAACUGGAAGCGUACACCGACUGCCCAGAGCUGGUGGGGCGCUGCUUUUUAGAACGGAUGAAGGAUCUGCAGAUCUACGAGGCUUACUGCCAGAACAAACCGCGCUCAGAGAGCUUGUGGAGACAGUGCUCCGACUGUGCCUUCUUCCAGGAGUGCCAGAAGAAGCUGGAACAUAAACUCGGUCUGGACUCCUACCUCCUAAAACCUGUUCAGAGAAUCACCAAGUACCAGCUGCUGCUGAAAGAGCUGUUGAAGUACAGUAAGGGCUGUGACGGCUCCAAUGACCUGCAGGAGGCCCUGUCUUCCAUCCUGGGGAUCCUGAAGGCCGUCAACGACUCCAUGCACCUCAUCGCCAUCACGGGAUAUGAGGGUAACCUGUCAGAGCUGGGUCGCCUGCUGAUGCAAGGCUCCUUCAGCGUCUGGACGGAACAUAAGAAAGGCCAUGCCAAGGUGAAGGACCUCGCCAGGUUCAAACCCAUGCAGAGACACUUGUUUCUCCAUCAGAAGGCUCUGUUGUUCUGCAAGAAGAGGGAGGAGAACGGCGAGGGCUACGAGAAGGCGCCGUCCUACAGCUUUAAACAUUCCCUCAGCAUGAGCGCGGUGGGAAUCACGGAGAACGCAAAGGGGGACAACAAAAAGUUUGAAAUUUGGUGCAAUUCCAGAGAGGAGGUUUUCAUCGUCCAGGCCCCAACACCGGAGAUCAAGACCUCCUGGGUGAAUGAGAUCCGUAAGGUGCUGACUCAGCAGCUGAAAGCCUGCAGAGACGCCAGGCAGCCGAAGAGCGCCGACUCCGUGUCACCGAGUACCACCACCACCAGCAGCAGCAGCAGCUCCAUCUGCCUCAGCCCCUUCCGCAGCAGCGCACAGAGAAACCAGAAGAAACAGGAGGAGAAGAAGGCGGAGCCAAACCCGGCCUCUGACACCAACUCAUGCUCCUCCCCGAAGCACAAAGAUGAAGCGGUGACCAGCCCGACCACAGACAGAUCCUCUUUGGCUAAAAAGCGUUUCACUUUGCAGGGUUUCAGCAAUCUCAAGAGUCCGAAAGCUCUGAGCCCUGAGCAAACCGCCAAACGCCACUCGGUCAAGAGUGACCCAACGCCGUUUGGGUUUAGAGGUUGGAGCAAGGCGUCUCUGUCUGCCGACGCCUCUGAGGAGAACGACGGCUACUCCAGCGGCGAGGACCCCAUGAACUCCGACACCGAGGAGGAUGCAGUAAAGAAGCUGGCUCCAGGAAAGUACACAGUGGUAGCAGACUGCGAGAAGGCGGGUCCUCAGGAGCUGUCUGUCAAGAGUGGAGACGUGGUCCAGCUCAUCAGGGAAGGAGAGGAGGGACAAUGGUUUGUGAAAAACCUCCGCACUCAAAAGGAGGGCUGGGUGGCGGCGGCGAACCUCCUCAGCCUCAUCUCGGAGUCCAAGAGCUCCCAGUCACUGAGCAGCUCAGAUGGCAGCGUCUCUGGGAACCUGAGCACGUCUUCCAGCUGCAGCGAGACCUACACCAGCUUCUCUGACAUCAAACCCUGAUAUCAUCCUUUUUUUUAUGUGUUUGUAGUUGGUGUCUUUUGGGUGGGGAGGGAGGGAGGGAGGGAGGGGGGGUAUCUAUCUAGCUCCUGCUCAGGGGCAGAACAGGAGGCAAAUGAAAGACACAAAUGGAAAAACCCAUGACUUACUAUGCAUGUCAUUGGACACUCAGAAUUUUGUUGUGAGGUCAGCCUCUCCAAAAACCAAAAAAAUGUCAUUUUGAAUCCGCACAUUGUGGCAAAACUCUGUGUUUUUUCAUCUAGUUAUGAGUGUUCUGUGCCAUACUGCAGUUAUGUAGCAUCAAAAAAAACAAAACAAAAAAAGAGCAUCUGGUGCAGUUGAGGGGGUUUGAUCGCAGGGCGGCGACAGAUUCUUGUGAGACGGCCUUCGGCAUCAGACACGGUUCGUGAAAAGUAGCAAGCCGGGGUGUGAUGGCGAUUUAAAACAAAACAAAACGGUUCGGUGAUGUGUUAAAGGACAAAAACCCGCCGUGCUCAAACGCUGGCAGCUCAGACAACUUUUCAAACCUCUUUGUUAUCGCCUCUGACCUCCUUUUACCUCUCAGGAAUCCCAGGCCGGCAGGUGUGCCCGCAUACCUGCGCGUGCAUUCCCCCUUCUUGCCCGUCCACUCCCUCUGCUCCCCAGCCCCACUCAGGCAUGCAACGCGCGUGCUCACCUGCAAAUAAAACAUUUUCGUACAGCGAGCAGUGAGGGCAUCCCUGACACAGGACGCCCUUUCUUUAAAGCCACUUUUAUAAACUCUGCUGUGUUUGCAGGGCGUGCUUUGCAAAAAAUAAACAGCCCUGAAACCAACCCCACCUGUUUAUUACUCAGCCUGGGCUACACCUGUCAGCAAGACUCCACCAGCUCGAUGUCAAAGUGUUCGUGUUCGGCCUCACGUGUUGAUAAUUGUGCACCACACUGUUUUCCAUAUUGUUGACAAGUUUUUGCAAAGUCUUGGUGGUGGCAUGAUCUUCACAGUCACGUUUUUACACCUUUUUUUUUUAAAUCGAACUCUCUUGAAAUUCCUUGAAAGUGUAUUUCCUGCCCUGCUUGGAAAGCCUACAUGGGGCACUAAACUCGUCAGCGUUGGACUGUCACAAUAAAGCUUACUCAUUCAUUUGUACUUUUGAUCCUGUGGCUGAAGAGAUAAGGGUUAUAUUUUUUAGUUUAUGCAGCACAUUGCAGCAAGCACUAUCUUUAUUUUCCUAUAAUAUAUAUAUAUAUAUAUAUAUAUGUGUAAAUCUACUGAUUGUCGAAAAUGAUGCUAUGAGACACAGCUGUACAUUUGUAAAUAUGUAAGUCUGACUUGUAUGUAAAAGUAAAGCUGCUUUAAUAAAGUCUGAAAUAGUUUCCUUUA